CAGAGGCCGCUACUGACCCCCCUAAGACACCUGACAGCGAACCUUUGUUUACAAAACUGCGCAAUCCAAGCACAGGGGAAGCAACCCUUUACUUAUUCAAUAGUGGUGCACAGCAGCUGUUUGAAGUAAAAGCUUUUCAUGAGGAAUAUCGUUCCUGGUUUAUAGGUCAGACUGUUCAACAAGAUGGGCGCCUGCUGUUUGUUACACCAAUGGACCCCUUAUUUCUGGUACUUUACUACCUCAUAAAGGCAGACAAGGAGCAGCGAGGCAAGUUCCAGCCACUCGAUCAAGUUGUGCUAGACUCAGAGUACCCUAGCUGCCCAUUGCUGCUGAAGUGUGCAGAUGUUAAACAGUACAUACAUCAUGUAACAGAAGAAAAAGAGAUUGGCAGUCAGAAAUUCCACAGAUACAGCCAAGAGAAGACACUGAAGUGGUUAAAGAUAAAGGUCAGUCAAACAGUGAAAGCACUUAAAAGCAACAAUAUAUCUGUAGGUGAAAGGGUACAUGCAGCUGCAUUUAUCAGUGGUAAACAGACCACAGAUACUAAAGAAGACUAUGUACGAUAUGCCCAUGGAUUAAUAUCAGAAUAUAUUCCUGAAGAUCUGAGUAAGGAGUUGCAAAAAUACUUGGGGCUCCCAGAACUUAAAAGUCCAGCACUAGAACCACCAUUGAAGAAAAGGAAAUUAUCAGAUGUCCCUGUGGAAGCAGAAGACGUCUAUACUAAGUUUAACAGCAGCAAUCUGAAAACCAAAAAGGCAAACAGCAAGAUGUCUGCAGCACAGAAGGCUCUGGCCAAAGUUGAUAAGAGUGGAAUGAAAUCCAUUUCUACUUUCUUCAGUUCCAAACCUAAAUCAUCAAAAUAAAGACUUAUUCUUGAAAGACGUUUAUACAGUGGUUAUUUUUCUGUUAAGAUAAAAGACGUCUCCCAGGGUUUUUUUGUUAGUACAGUAUAUGCAGGGCAUGUUUGUGUACAUGGUGGAGUGUGAUGAAGAGACUGAGCUAGAGUGGGACAGAGCUGUUAUGCCUCAGUGGAACAAGGCAAUACAGUGCCGGUAUUCCAGCUUGGGUCAGGAAAACAGCCUAGCUGCGUUAGCAUGGUCCUGUGAGCUGAGAAGCAAGGUUUAACAUCAGGCUGUAAUAUACUGCUGCUUGUUCUAGAGCAAGCUCAGUCAAGGCCACCACGGAGUUUUCUCCAUUGCACUCCAUUCUGGGCUGGAAGCAUUGCCCUGCUUUGAUUUUUUUUAAGAAGAGAUUUUUUUUAUUCAUAAGGAGCAUUAUUUUUUGAGACUUUUGGGAGAUUUUUACCCAGUAUAACACCAGAGUAGAAUGGUAUUGCUAGAUUUUUAUGUUGACCCAAAUCUAAGUGCUGAUGCAAGCGCUGCCAUUGGUGGAAAAUUAUCAAGGCAAAGAUAGUGUCUAUAUUGGGAUUUGGGUUGUUUUCAAUAUGGUAGAAACAAAUUGCAACAAAUAUCAAUGUGCCUGUAUUGCAAUAAAGUGCUUUGUGUAACCAAUUUGCGCUUGUUGUAUUUGUUGUAUGUUUCAAGAGUUGGGUUAAACUUCAGGACAUUUCUUAAGGGGUUUUGGUAUUUUCCUGUUUUAAUCCUUAAAGAAUUACAUUAUCACUUCUAAGCUUACAUGAUAAAUCUCUUAACCCAUGGCAAUAUAGGGUAUUUUUAUGCUCAGUUCCAUGGUCAAUAGGUCCUUACAAAAGUAAUUAGGGAAAGAUUUAUUUUAUUUAAACUGGGGAUUUUGAAGAAGCCUAUUUGGAGCUGUAUUGAAAAGCUUAAGAGUGUCUUAGAUAACAUUUAGUUUCAUGAAGUUUUGUGUGAGGUAGGACUGUUACUUAAACCACACUACUGACUCUUUGGUGUGUUCUUUCCUCAUUACAGAGUAUUCCUAUAUAUUCAGAGGGAUAGCUGCUUGCUAUGUUGCAACAUCCCUGAUUCACAGAACUGCAAAAGAGGUGGGGUCACUGGGAUCACUUGCAUAGGUCUAGCCUGUUCUGCACAACACUCAUCGUUUUGUCCACCAGUUGUUGCACCGAGUCAUUACUGUAGAUCAACUACAAUGUGUGUUUUAGAAAGACACUUAAAAUAUGUCAUUCUUUGUUACUUCAGCUCAGUGGAGAAUCUGCCUAUAUCCCUUCAUAAUGGGAAGUUUCGGAGAAGCUAGGAGUUUUUAAUUUUUGUGAACACUCAUUUUUCCCCUUCAGACUUACUUGCUGCCAUUUACAACCCAUGGAUUACAGUCGUGACUGUCAGGUUAAAGAGCUGUGUGGCUCUUUCACCAGCCCUAUCAGUAAAGUUUCCUUUUCUGACAUUAACUAUCAGACAAGUUUAAAUGUUAAUAGUAGGCGUCGUUGUGUGUGACAGUUUCUAUGUGCACCCCAUUUAGAAUUGCCAUCUUCCUUUUUUCCUACCUUACUUGUCUAGUAAGCAAAGACCAGCCCUGUAGCAGCAUGUAUUGGUUUAUCCAGUGGGUCUUUGCUAUGACUGGGAAGAACAAGUGUUGGGUGAGCCCACAAUGAGCAACUACAGUCAUGAACUGGAAGGGUUAUAUUUUGAAAAACAUUCAGCCUAGCCCAGCAGUUUAUUUGACAGUCAAAAAACCCCCCAACUUCAUAUCAGUAGGAGAAGGCUUGCACCAGUGAUGACAGCUUUUGAAAGCCACCGCUCAAAAGCACAGGAUAAUGUUAUG